GCCACGUCGGAGUGGGAUUUUAUCUGACAGCUACGUUGAAAAACACGAUCUUAGUGGCAAACAGCGGAAUACUUCCUCCAAUCAUCUUUUGGAUUUGAGAGAUUACAGAUGGAGGGAGUGCUGAUUUUAAAAUCUGCUUCUCCUCCCAGCUGUUCCUCUCAAAGCUCUUCUCCUCCUCGUUCCACGGAUGCUCAGGAAGACUCAGAUCUCCAGUCAUCUUCUCCUGUGCCUCCCGUCAUGUGCGUUACUACUGCACCACCACCACCACCACCACCACCACCACCACCUCCUCCUCCCCCUCUUCCUCCUCCUCCACCUCCACCUCUUCUUCCUCCCCCGCCUUUCAGCUCCCGUAAUGACCAGCGACGAUCCAUGAAAAAGCUGAACUGGGACACCAUCCCCAGCCAGCGUGUCCUGGGCAAACUGAACGUCUGGACGUCUAAGCGGCCUCAGAGGGACCUCGUGCUGGAUAUCCGGAGCAUGGAGGAGCUGUUCAGUCACGUCGACAAACGGGCCUCGCUACGCCAUUCGAGGGUCAUGGGUCUGAAGAACUGUGAUGGCAUGGACCCCUUUCCACAGGAGCCUCAGGUCACAAUCCUUGACUCUAAGAAGAGCAUGAAUAUUGGGAUCUUCCUGAGGCAUUUCAAGAGGCCAGUGACAGAAAUGGUGCAGGACAUCUGUCAAGGAAACUGGCUCCGGUUUGGAACAGGCAAGCUGAGAGAGCUUUGUAAACUGCUGCCAGAGGAAAGUGAGGUGAAGCAGCUGCUGUCAUUCAGUGGGAACCUCUCUGUGCUACCUGAGGCUGACCAGUUCAUGGUGCAGCUGGUCAAAGUGCCAGGCUACGAGGAGCGCCUGAAGACGAUGGUGCUGAGGGAGGAAUUCUUUCCUCUUAUGGAGGAGGUGAAGAACUGUGUUGCUGUCAUGACCAAAGGAGCUAAUGAGCUGUUGGACUGCGAUGACCUCCACUCGGUCAUUCGGCUGGUAUUAAAAGCUGGGAACUACAUGAACGCUGGUGGCUACAGUGCCAACGCCAUUGGCUUCAGGAUGACCUCUCUGCUCAAGCUGGCAGACACCAAGGCCAACAAGCCUGGCAUGAACCUCAUGCACUACGUUGCCAAACAAGCAGAGGACAUCGAUGCGGAGUUGCUGACUUUUUCCAGCCAGCUUGAAAACAUUGGGAUGGCAUCAAGAAUCUGCAAAGACGAGGUAAUCGCAGACUUUGAGAAAGAAGUCAAGAAGAUCAAGGAGGUGAAAUUGUACAGCAGCAGACAGCCUGGCCUCUUACAACAAAUGGAGACAUUUCUCAUGAGGGCCGAGGCAAAGCUGGCUGAUGUGGAGUCCUCUCUCCAGGAGCUCAAUGCCCUGAGUGACGCUGUCGCUGAGUACUUCUGUGAAGACCCAGCUACCUUCAAACUGGAGGAGUGCUGCUCCAUCUUUCAUUCAUUUUGCAAGCGGUUUGACACAGCGGUACAGGAGAACCAAGAGCGAGAAGCAGCAGAGCAGAGGCGCAAGCGGAAGGAGAGCAUGCGUAUUGCAUCCAAACGCCGCUCCACGGUGUCUUGCCCAGGACCUGAACCUGACCGGGACUCCUCCAGCUUGGAGUCGGUUUUACACAGCUUUCUCACCACAGUUCCAGAGGGAUUAGCCAGAUGCAGGAAGAACAUGCUGCCCCCGAUCAAAGGAUCCCCCUCUGAGCGCAGUUCUCCGACUGGUCCACCAGUAGAAGUAACUGAGGCAACACCGCGUGCUGGACAGGAGAGGCCGGAGAAGAAGCAAGCCAAGCUGCAGGAAGACGGCGAGCAACUGGAAAACAAAGAGGAAGCCAAGAAGAUGCGUGAGAUAACUCGGAAGGUGCUUUGCUACCAAAACGGCAGAAGCAGCCUUGAUGGAGACAGAGUUUCAGGCACUCCACGGAGGUCGGAGAGAGCGCAAGACACGCCAGCUACCCCGAGCACCCCCCGGCCUAGAACCAGAGACUUCUUCUUUGCCAACAAUGGGGAUGUGGGCUCACCGUGGACUAUCGUGAGCCCUUUUACUCGCCCCCAAAGAACCCCCCUCCAGGGAAACAGACAAGUACACCCAUGCAGACUAUCCUUAAGAUCCGACGGAGAUGACCUUGACGAUGGAGUCUGGGAGAGUGACGAAGGCAAGCAGCUACCCAGUUCCUCCAACCGUGAUGGUCUAACAUCGCCGUCUGGGGGUUCUGUGUCUCUUCCUGAGUGCCCCAGUCAGAGAGCCGUGUCGCAGGGUCCAAUCCUCAGGUCGGCUUCCAUGGACGAAACCAGGCAGUCUCCAGUCUUCCGGCUGGGAGACAUGUUCCAGAGAAGCAUAUCUCAAGGUUCCUACUCCUCUGGAUCAAGGACAGAAAAAGGAGCAGAGGUCUGUUCAGCGCUGGGCAGAAAGGUGGAGAAUCAGGUAGAGGGGCAAGUGAGCUCCUCCGGGUUCAUAUCCUUCUUCAGACGCAUUGGGGGCAGGAGUAAGCCUGGUAAUGUGGAAAAGCAAAACUUCAAAGGAUCGAAUACUUGAUUAAAAAUUUUAUUUAGAGACAGAGACCAAGCUUUGUCAUUUUUUUGUGUGUUUUAGAUUGAUGAAAUGUCUGUCUUUUUUCUUUUUUCUUUUUUUACUGUUAUGGUUUUACCCUUCAGUGGAACCAAGGCAAACGAGG